AUGGGUUGCGUCUUCGGAAAGCAGUCACGGGAACCGAAAACGGAUCGCCAGCUUCGGAGCAACACCUCCGCUUCAUCACAUCCUCCGCUUACUCUUCUUCGCCGGGGCUCCGGUGAGCCUUUCACGGAAGUUUCAUUCACUGGUGCCGUGGACCCCGUCGGGGAUGUCAAAGACCGGGAGAGACAUACUGGGGACUUCCCGGUGAGAAUUCCGGCGCCGGAGAGAUGGCGGAUGUCUUCGGACCUGAACCAGAAAGGGUGGCCGUCGUGGUUGAUGGCGGUAGCUGGUGAAGCCAUCCGUGACUGGACCCCAAGACGUGCCAACACCUUUGAGAAGCUGGACAAGAUUGGGCAAGGGACUUACAGCAAUGUAUACAAAGCCAGGGAUCUAUUAACGGGGAAGAUAGUGGCGUUGAAGAAGGUUAGAUUUGAUAAUUUGGAACCAGAAAGUGUAAAGUUCAUGGCCAGAGAGAUUCUUGUAUUGAGGAAGCUUGAUCAUCCAAAUGUAAUCAAGCUUGAAGGCUUAGUUACUUCAAGAAUGUCUUCUAGUCUUUACUUGGUGUUCGAAUACAUGGAGCAUGAUCUUGCUGGCCUUGCUGCCUGCCAUGGAAUCAAGUUCACUGAACCCCAGGUGAAGUGCUAUAUGAAGCAGUUACUUUCAGGGCUAGAGCAUUGCCACAAACAAGGUGUUCUGCAUCGUGAUAUCAAGGGUUCUAAUCUCCUUAUUGACAAUGGAGGGAUUCUAAAAAUUGCUGAUUUCGGACUGGCUACCAUUUACAAUCCCGAACAGAAAAAACCCUUGACGAGCCGAGUAAUUACUCUCUGGUAUCGUCCACCUGAACUACUUCUAGGGGAAACUUGUUAUGGUGUUGGGGUUGAUCUCUGGAGUGCUGGUUGCAUUUUGGCCGAGCUACUUUAUGGGAAGCCUACAAUGCCAGGAAGGACAGAGGUUGAGCAACUGCAUAAGAUAUUCAAGUUAUGUGGAUCCCCUUCUGAGCAAUAUUGGAAGAAAUCCAAAUUGCCAAAUGCAACACUCUUUAAACCUCAGCAACCAUACAAACGCAGCAUAGCUGAAACUUUCAAGGAUUUCCCAUCAUCUUCUUUACCUCUCAUCGAAACUCUUCUUUCAAUAGACCCCGAAGAACGAAGUACUGCCACUGCAGCACUUAACAGUGAAUUCUUUACCACUGAAGCUUAUGCUUGUGAGCCGUCGUGUUUACCGAAGUAUCCUCCCAGUAAAGAAAUGGAUGUAAAAUUGAGAGACCAGCAAGCCAGAAGGCAAAGAGGUCUAGCCGGAAAGGUUAAUCCUGUUGAUGGUGCAGGGAAAACUAAAGCCGGUGAACGUGCUAGUCGGGCGGUUCCUGCUCCCGAAGCAAAUGCUGAAAUUCAAGCAAACUUAGAUAAAUGGAGAAUGAUGACACAAACAAAUGCCAAUGCCAAGAGCAAGAGUGAGAAAUUCCCACCUCCCCAUCAAGAUGGAGGUGUGGGGCAUCCAUUAGAUGCAUCACAUAAAGGGCCUCCAUCAUUUGCUGCAACCGGAACUUCUUUCAGCUCAUCGAUUUUCGUCUCCAAGUUAUCCGAAUCCGGACCUGCCGGCCAUGCUUCCAGAAGAAGGAAAACCAAUAAAGAUCCCCGGAGGGCUCCAUCUCGGAAGUUCAUUCGUGGUUUCAAACCGUCGUCGAUAGGCCUAUCUAUGGAUUUUCUACUCCGGGGUAAGUCCGGGGGUGUUUCGUAGCCAGAAUUAGAAUAGUUUCCCAAGUUUAUAGACCCAUAUGUUUUAAGCAACUUAAAGAUGUAGUUUUCCCAUUACGUAUUUAUUUGUAUCUGAUCAUACGUGCACACGAUGCAGUCCC